AUGGGGCCAUCAAAUUGGUUCCAACUCCUGGCAUCAAUGGCCAUCAGCAGCGUCAUUCUGAUGAACGCCAACUCCUCUCUCGCCGCUCCUGUUGCAAAGUACGACCCCUUGGUGAUCGAUACGUUCCGUAGCCCUGAAACCAAUGACCUCGGAUUCUGGCAUGGCGUUGACGAAGGGAUGCCCUCUGAAUAUGGCGAAGAUUUCCUACGCCUUUCCCCCACAAAUGCCGAUAUGAACUUCUAUACCCAGAUAGCCACCAGCUGUCUCGACAUGACCGCCUAUAAAGACUCUUAUCUUCAUGUCGUCUUCAAGGGGUCAGAUAAGUUCACUAUCAGUGUAACGCAGCAUAAUGCGGAGUGUGAUCAGGAGAGGGCACCGUUCCCUGAAACAUGGGAUUCGGUCGAGGCCUCGCGAUAUUCUAGAGGAGGUCAUAUCUAUGUUCCCCUCUCUCAUUUCUACAUUGACUUUAUGAGACCCAACUCGAUUGGUUUUCACGGCUUCUAUACGAGAAAAGAUGUUACCUUGUUCAAGGUUGAGAUUGUUUCAUCCCUUCCGAAGGGUAUAAAGCUACCCGACAAGCUUCCGACUGGCACUCUGGCAUUGAGAUGCAAGAGACCGAACUCAUUUGCCUUUGGUAUUGAUGACGGACAGCCACAAUAUGCUCAGGAGGUCAUGAAAAUGAUAGCUGAAGAAAAUAUCCUAGUUACCUUCUUCACCGUCGGUAACGGGUUGUUAGAUGAGGCUGCAAACUUUACAAAUGUAUACAAGGAUAUGUUGGACCGUGGACACCAGGUUGCUCUUCAUACAUACUCCCAUCCCAUGAUGGAAGGCCUGCCAACUACAGAGAAGAUCGAUGAAGAAUUUAAAAAGAAUAUGGAGGUUUUCAAAGAAAAAUUAGGCAUUGAGACCUUGGUUACUGACCCAUACAUCAUCAACUGGAGUGUGGAUAUUGAAGAUUGGUUAUGGGCUGGCUCUCCAACUCCUGAGAAGCAACUGGAGGCCUUCAAGAGAGACUUAGAAAAAGGUGGUGAUAUUGCUGUCAUGCACUAUCUUAAUCCUACCACUAUCUCCUACUUCAGAGAAGUAUUCCAACUAGUCAAAAAGUCUGGGAGGCGCAUUAUGCGUGUUGAUCAGUGCAUGGAAGACCCAUCUGCGCCACCAUUGAAGUAA